AAUCAGAAAAUUCCCUUCAGGUCCCAUCCCUAACACACGCUGGUUCUGGGAAAACCCAAAACCAACGAGCCAAACGCAAACGCAGACGCAAAAGCUAUAAGCUAUUUUCACAAAUAAUCAAAAUCUUUUCCUAUUCUUGUCCAAUUCGAAUUCGAAUUCCCCUAAUCCCUUUCACCUCCGCCGCUGAACCCUCUUCAACCUCCCCGCGGUGCCUCCGCGGGAUUUACUAGGGUUUUCUGAUCGUGCACUUCCCCUUUCCACUGUUUUCUCACGACGUCGUUCUCCGAGUCAUGCCUCCGGCGCGUCCGGCGCGUCGACGCGCAACGAACAAGGCUAAUGCGAACGGACACUUGCGUUUAGGCGAUCUUGUACUCGCUAAGGUCAAGGGUUUCCCUCCUUGGCCUGCCAAGAUAAGUAGGCCUGAGGAAUGGGAGAAAACACCUGAUCCAAAGAAAUAUUUUGUUCAAUUCUUUGGCACCAAAGAGAUAGCUUUUGUUGUACCCGCAGAUAUUCAGGUCUUUACAAGUGAGUGUAAAACUAAGUUGUCUUCUCGGCUUCACGGAAAGACGAAGUACUUUACCCAAGCAGUGAAGGAAAUAUCUGCAGCUUUUGAUGAGAUUCAGAAACAGAAGGCCAGUGGUGAUGACACAGAUGAUUCUCGGAUUGAUUCAGAAGCUCCUCCUGUUGAUGAGCCAGUGACUGAUCCAAAGGAUACCACUGAUGCUAUGACGUCUCAUGCAGAAAAAGAUAACAUCUAUGCGGGUAAUGUUGGCUCCAAUUUGGAGAACUGUUUGCUGAAAACCAGAGAGAGUGUUAGCCUAGAUGAAAAGCUCUCAGAGUCUGGCCGUCCAAAUGAAAGUUCUUCUGUUUCAUCACCUUUGGUCAAAAGUAAAUUAUCCACUGGUUCAGAGAUAAGGAAGACUUCUAGCAAAUCUACUCUUAAAGGUGCAAGUAAUGUUAAUGAUUUUGGUCAACAUGAUAACGAAAAUAGUAUUUUAGCAAAUGGUAGUAAGCCAAGAAAGCUUAUUACUGGUUCAAAGAGGAGACGUGAAGUUGAAGAUGACAUAAAUAAAAAUGGUGGAUCAUCUACUGGAACACUUUUGAAGGUGGAAAAGUCUACUGGCAGUGCUGAUCUUUCCAGGUCAGGAGAGACAUUUAAAUCUGGAAAGAAAGGGAAAGAUGCAUCUGCUGUUAAAUUAAAUUCUCCAGACACUUUUAAACCAGACUCAAAUGGUAGUAAUGGAGAAAAAGGUAAGAACUUGAUUUCAAAAAAUGCAAGUCUCGAGGUAAAAAAUGAAUUACAGGAGGCUGAUGGCAGAAAUUCAAGUAUAGGAAAGAAUAACCAAGUUCAUGCAAAGCAUAAUAUGGGAGCUAAUGAAUCCUUACAUGCUACGAAGAAGUUGAAACGCAUGGAGGCCAGAGAUGAUUUAACUUCAGGGCACAUCCCAAAAGAUGUGAAAAGUGCUUUGCCUUGCUCUACUUUUGCCAUAGACAAAUCAUCUAAAAUGUCAGAGUUGAAAAGGUCCACAUUAAAUUCCAAAACAGAAAAAAGCUCUGUCCAUGAGUUGCUACCUAUGAUCAAACAACAUAGCCAUGUUCAGAAAACUAUGCUUGAUUCUGAUAGGGUUGCUUCUGAUGAUAAAAAAGAUUGGGGCAAUCUUAAACUGAAAGGUGAUACAAAGAAUGUUACGACAAAACAAGCACAGAAGAAACGUAAAGCUGUUUGCCUUAAUGAAGAUGAUGAUGUACCUAAAACUCCUGUUCAUGGAGGAGCUGCAAAAAAUAUUAAGUCGCCUUUUGCUUCGGAGGUCAAGAAGGGCAAUAAUGCACAUUCUGAAAAAUCUGAUGCUUCUAAGCUGGCUUACAGAAAUUCUAGUGAGCUUGAGGAAGCUCAUUUGAAAGAGCCGUCUUCUCAAUUACAUAUUGACGCAUCAUCAAUUAAGCCCCCUGAAAAAGAGAAAGCCGAUGAAGCCACUCUUGUGCAUGUUCCUCUUAGUCAUGAUAAGUUAGAUUCAAAGCAGUUUCCCUCUAAGGUGGCAAGAGUUAGCUCUGCCUCCCCAGUAAAAUCACCUCAGCCAGUUCCUGCAACAACAAAGUUAAAUGCUGAACGGAACAAAUCUUCCAAAUCUUUGCUUAAAGCCUCCAGCAUUGCUACUCUAAAGAAGGCUGAGAACGGGUCUUCCAAACCUUCACAUAACCUCAGCUCUUCUCAAAACCAAGUUUCUGCUCAUAAGAAGAAGCUAGCAUCUUCAGCUGAAAAUUCCAAAACUGCUCCAAAGACAUUGCCUCAGGAAGUUGACGUUCCUGUUUCAACAGUAGAUUUUAAGGAGCCUGAUGCACUGCUUGUUGAUGGAUUGGAAGAGGAUAUGGAAGAAAGAAGUAAUAUGUAUACUGGUUCUGGGACUCCAGAAACAUCUAAGACUAUGAAGCAUCUUAUUGCAGCUGCCCAGGCAAAAUGGAAAAAAGCUCAUUCUCAGUAUCUUUCUUCUGAUAUUCAUAAUGUCCAGGGGGGAACUCCUAGCCCAUCCACAGUUCAGCCAUUUCUCCCCGUCUCAAGAAACACCGCACAGACUGAUGUGCAGGGAGUUUAUGAGCUCACAACUUCGGCUUCUCCACCAACUAAUGACUAUCACUCUGCAUCUCAAAAUCAGCUCGAUGCGGAUGAUAUUGACGACAGAAGAGUCGGUUCAGUGCAAAGGGGUCCUGAAGGUUCUCUCAGUGGUGGUACAGAGGCUGCUGUUGCUCGUGACGCUUUUGAAGGAAUGAUAGAAACUUUGUCAAGGACCAAAGAAAGUAUUGGGCGUGCAACUCGUCUUGCCAUAGAUUGUGCUAAGUAUGGCAUUGCCAACGAGGUUGUUGAGCUUCUCAUCCGGAAAUUGGAAAAUGAAGCUAGUUUUCAUCGCAAAGUGGAUUUAUUUUUUCUUGUUGAUUCUAUCACUCAGUGCUCACAUAGUCAAAAAGGAAUUGCUGGAGCUUCUUACAUCCCUAUAGUUCAAGCAGCGCUGCCACGUCUUCUUGGCGCUGCUGCUCCCUCUGGAGCUAGUGCCCGUGAAAAUCGUCGUCAAUGUCACAAGGUUUUGAGGUUGUGGCUUGAGAGGAAAAUUUUGCCGGAGUCUGUUAUACGCCGUCACAUGAAUGAAAUUGGGGUUUCAAAUGAUGAUAUCACAGUUAGCUUUUCCUUCAGGCGUCCAUCUCGUGCCGAGCGAUCUGUAGAUGACCCAAUUAGAGAAAUGGAAGGCAUGCUUGUUGAUGAGUAUGGAAGUAAUGCCACAUUUCAGCUGCCUGGCUUUUCUUGUCAUGCAUUUGAGGAAGAUGAAGAUGAAGAAGAUUUACAAAUCAAUUCAUGUGCGGAUAUGUAUGGUACAUCUCCAGCAGAUCCCACACCCAAGUUUGGAGGAUCAGAUACUCAUACUGUGACCCCAAAUGACAAACGCCAUUGUAUCUUGGAGGAUGUGGAUGGUGAGCUAGAAAUGGAAGAUGUUUCAGGUCACCCAAAGGACGAGAGACCUGUAUAUUUGAACAGUUCUGAUGAAACUGAAAUGCUUCUUCAGAGCUCAAAUAGGAAUUUAGACCCAACUUCAAAUAUUUCAGAAGACAUAUUGGCUACUCCGGAGGGUUCCCCUCCAUUACCUCUUGAUUCACCCCCUCCAACUCCACCUUUGCCUUCUUCACCUCCCCCUCCUCCUCCUCUAUCAUCUCCAUCUCCUCCCCCACCCCCACCACCUCCAACGUUGCAACCCGUACCUCCUCCUUUACCAUCCUCAGCCUCACUAGUAUCAUUGGUUCCUCAAUCAUCUGGACUGCCCCGGCCUUCACAUGUCUCCCAGUCAUUAAUGCUACAUCAGUCAUCAUAUCAGUCAUCACCAAAGUAUCCGCAGAACAUACCUCACGACUUUAGUAGCUCAACUAGUGGUAACCAAAUAGUUCAAAUGGCUGGUAAUUCUAUUUCUGGAGGUCAGAGUCAGACUAAUGCAGCUGUCAAGAAUGAACUAUUUUCACAGCCAUCUGCGUUUACCUUGGCUGCAGGAUGCAGCUCCCAGGAGCCAUCUGGUUUUAACCAUUCAAGACAAUUAGAAUACGGACAUAAUGAUGUGUAUUUAAAUGCUCAAGUUCAUCAACCUAACCAGCAAUAUCAGCAGGGUAACAUCCCAUAUGCUCAGAGACAUGCACAUCCUGCCCCACCCCAAAAUCCUUCAAAUCAGUUCUCAUAUCCAAAUCACCCAGUUCAGCCACACCUUCCACAUGCAUUUCAUCCUCCUUUUCCUUUACCAUCUCUUCCAGAUGGCCCGAGGCAAUUUGUUACUGAUGAGCAAUGGAGAAUGUCAUCGACAAACAAUCAACAUCAAAAUGGUGUAUGGAGAGGGAUAAAUCCUUCAUGCCCUGGUCCUCCCUUUGGGCAAGAAGGUUUCCGACCAUCACUUGAAAGGCCGCCGAUAAGUAAUGUAGGUUUUCAGCGAGCAAUUUCAAGCACCCUACCUAGUGCACCUGUAUCAGGACACGGUGCUCCUCAGAUGUUGCUUUGCAGGCCAGACAUUUCUGCUGUUAAUUCUUGGAGACCCACUUGAAGUUAGUUGGUUGGACAAUUACUAAAACUAAUGUUAUUGCUGGUGGAUCAACACUCACGGCUAUAUAUUGUACCACAAAGUUAGAUUUGCCUGUGUUGUACAUACAACUUACCUGUGAAGAGAAUUUUGAAAAGUUGCGGAGGCUUUUGGCAGGAUUUUGUAUAUUGUAUUUUUUCCUGACAAUGUAUCCCAGGAACAUUUGCUUCGAAGUUUAGGCUCAUGUUUCUGACUUGGUUUUGGCAAAAUAAGAAAAGAUGUCAAAUCCUUCUUCAUGCUUUGAAUGAUAUAACUCAAUAAGGCAAACUUCAUCCCAUAGAAUGACGGUAGAUAAUUGAGGUAAAUAGUCAUGUAAUUUUAGAACAUACAAUGCUUUAGUUAUUGACUUCAAUGAGCAUGCAAGCACAUUAUACAUAGUGUAUGAAAAAAAAAAUUCCAUAGGUGAUAUUUAUUGUACAUUAUGUUUUCUAGAUUGCCAUUAGAAUUCUUAGUUCUCCCA